AACUAGAAGCAUUACCAAUAUUCAUGACUGGUCGGAAGUUAGUACGCUUCUUUUAUAGUUGAACUGUCAAAGAAAGAUGUAUAAACUUCAACAUAACCUAAAAUACUUUUAAAAUAUUAUCGGUCCGCGUGUUACUUUAAAUAAUUAACAUUAUAUUUUAAACUUCUACGUUUUAUCAAUUUAUUUACCAUGGGAAAAGUAAGAUCAGCUCCGGGAGCCCCUCGAAAAGAGGGGUUCAAUAAAUCUGGGCAUUCGAUGAAUCCCGACAGGCCUAUAGAAGGUUUAAAAGGUGUUGGUAAACCAAGAACUAAAGGAACUAUCAAAAGGCUUCAAAUGUACCGUAAUUUUAAAGCUAAAAGAGAUAAAACUGGCAAAAUCCUCACACCUGCGCCAUUUCAAGGCUGGCUUCCGUCAGGUACUCGAGCUAGAGUAGAACCAAAUCAAAAAUGGUUUGGAAACUCUAGGGUAAUUUCACAAGGAGCUUUACAGAAAUUUCAAGAAGAAUUUGGAGCAGCAAUCAAGAAUCCUUAUCAAGUUGUUAUGAAGCCAACAAAUUUACCCAUAACAUUGUUAAACGAAAAGGCUAAACAUGCAAGAGUGCAUCUCUUAGAUACAGAAGGCUUUGAUAAAACAUUUGGUCCAAAGAAACAAAGAAAAAGAGUAAAUUUAAAAUUUAAUGAUCUUGAAACUCUUUCUAAAGUUGUUGAAGAAAAUACAGAAAAAUAUGAUGAAAGUAAAGAUGUAGAUAGGGUUCGUGAAGACAGUGGUAUGAAGGAAGGUCAAAGGGAGUGGAUAUUUGGGGCUGGAAUGAGUAGAAGAAUCUGGAAUGAACUAUAUAAAGUUAUAGAUUCAUCUGAUGUACUGUUGCAAAUUCUUGAUGCAAGGGAUCCAAUGGGUACUAGAAGUCCAUAUGUAGAAAAAUUUCUUAGGGAAGAAAAACCACACAAACACUUAAUAUUUAUUUUAAACAAAGUUGAUUUAGUUCCUAAUUGGGUUACUCAAAGAUGGGUUGCUAUACUAAGUGCAGAGUAUCCAACGGUAGCGUUUCAUGCCUCUAUGACUCACCCAUUUGGUAAAGGAUCACUUAUUAAUUUGCUGCGACAGUUUGCUAAAUUACACAUAGAUAAGAAACAAAUAAGUGUAGGUCUUAUUGGUUACCCAAAUGUUGGUAAGUCUUCAGUAAUUAACACAUUAAGAGCUAAAAAAGUUUGUAAAGUAGCACCUAUAGCAGGUGAAACUAAAGUCUGGCAAUAUAUAACACUUAUGCGAAGAAUAUUUUUGAUUGAUUGCCCUGGGAUUGUUUACCCUUCUGCUGAAACAGACACUGAAAAAGUUUUAAAAGGAGUUGUUAGAGUUGAACUUGUACAAAAUCCUGAAGAUUAUAUAGAAGAAGUUAUUAAACGGGUUAGAAGGGAAUAUUUAAUAAAAACAUAUAAAGUUGAUGGUUGGACAACUGCAACUGAGUUUUUAGAAAAAUUAGCAGCUCGCACAGGUAAAUUGCUAAAGAAAGGAGAGCCUGAUGUCCCUUCAGUAGCAAAAAUGGUUCUCAAUGAUUGGCAAAGAGGUAAACUACCAUUUUAUGUAGCACCUGAAGGUUUUGAAAUACCUCUAUCAAAGCAACCAAAUGAUGCAGGUGCCAAAGAAACAAUGACAAAGAAUGUUGAAGAAAAGAAAGACGAAACUCAACAAGAGGUAAUAGCAACAGAAACAAAUGAUGACACAGUGAAGGCACCCUUAAUAGUAAAUAAGUUAGUUAUUGCUCAAGAUUUUGCAAAAAUUCGUGUAGGCUUGCAAUUUGAUAAUGAAGAUGAUGUGAAGCCUCUUGAAAAGGUUGAUAUUCCAGAGGAGUUACAAGGCAUUGAUGAACAAAAUGAGACCAAAUCACAAAAUGGAGAUGACCAAAAUGAUAUCAAUAAUGAAGACAGUGAAGAAGAUUCUGACAUAAGCAGUUUCUACAGUGGUGAUGAAAAUGUAUGUAGUGAUGUAGAAGAUUAUUUAACAAAUGAUCCUGAGACUGUAAAAGAGAAUAAAAAAAGAAAAUUAGAAGUUGCUAGUGGUACAUUCACAGUAGAAGAAAUUACUAAAGAAAAACAAAAUAAAGCACCUGUUAAAGCUAAAAUGACUGCAAAAGAAAGAAGAGCACUAGAAAGGGCACAAAAGCGCACUAAAACUGGAAGCAACUUUUAUGAAGUGUCUAAUGUUAAAAACAGAAACAGAAAUAGGAAAAGACCCACAUAAUUAACUUUAAUUAACUUUCUGAUAAAUCAAUCCAUUUUGUUAACUUUGCUCUUAUGUACCAAGAGUGAAACAAUGAGUAGAAACUUCACUUAAUGUGUCUAUAAUUAUUAUAUAACUGUUUUUGUGGACA